AUGAUAUCAGCACUGAAAAAGAAAUUUGGUGCCACUGAAAACGGUGCUGCUGAGCGACAUGCAGGCGGUGUUGUGCGUAUGCCACAUGGUAUUGCCGCUCUUGGCCGUGACCUUCAGAAGAAGUAUGCAAAAGGAGUACAGUACAACAGUAAACGCUUGCAAGGACUGCCGUUCUGCGAAGAUUAUAUACCAACUGACGAAAUACAAGUAGGGGUUGCAGCAGUGCAAUGGAAUUAUCGUGCAACAGAUGACAUUGUCAAAGUGGAUGUUUGGGAUGUUGCCGAUCAAAGUAGCAAGAAACGCAUCAAACCAGAUGGCCUGAAACUCACGAAUAUUGAUGCUGAAGUAAAGAAUUUCUUAAUUUCGUGA